AUGCGCACCUGGAAAAUUAUGUUGGACUGUCAUCAAACCCAAAACAAGAUUCUAGUCCAGGUAAAAUCUUUUGCUGGUUCCACAUUCGGAAAAUUCUGCAACAACUCCCACCGGCUUGCAACUCUGCAGCUCGAGGCUGAGCUUUUAAACUGGCAUGGAUGCUUUACUGAGUAUGUUGCAGCACAAAAAGCAUAUGUUGAAGCCCUCCAUGGUUGGCUGACCAAGUUUGUGGCACCUGAAGAAGAAUUUUACUCUAGGGGGAGGAGUUCAGCUGUGCCAUACGGGGUCAAUGGCCCCCCAUUGUUGGUGAUCUGCCGUGACUGGUUAGCUUCCAUGGAGAAGCUACCUGAUAGGGUUGUGACUUUUGCAUUGAAAAGCUUUUCAAAGGAUGUAAGGGCUCUGUGGACUCAGCAAGGUAAAGAACAGCAACAAAAAAGGAAAGUUGACAGCCUAGCAAAAGAGCUCGAUCGCAGAAUUCUGGCAUUCCAGAAGUCAGAGAGCAAGUUUCUUGAGCCAAAGCUCACAGAGCAUAAAUCUGAGCCGGAUAUGGAUCAUCAGAGUGAGUACUUGACAGAGAAGAAGGAUCAGCUAGACAUGUUCAGAAGAAAACUGGAUGUAGAGAGGGAAAAGCACCAGAAUUACAUGCAAGAAACUCAGCGGGUCACAUUGAAUGGAUUUCAAACUGGAUUUUGUGCAGUUUUCGAGUCCCUAAAAGAGUUCUCAGAGGCUUCUCAGAAAAUGUACAGUGAUCUCGUGACCUACAAUGACAGCGUUGAUAAAGUUGGAAACCCAUCAUACAUAGAGGGUACCAAGGUUGAAGAGAAUGGCAGCAGAUAA